CAUGGGAGACCAAUAAGUGUUUUCAACGACGCCACCACAGAGAAAGAAAUAGACAUGCCAUUGAAACUGAAGCAGAGCACUUGAACAGGAAGCUUAACUUCAUGUGGUUAGCCAAGCAUUGCAGUGCACUUGGGCUGCAUACAGGAAGUUAGUAUGUCUCAUUGGUCUUUGGUCUGAAACGGUUGCUUUUGCCUCUGAGCCUCUGCGUCUCACUGUGUCAAAAUGGCCCAGGGUUCCUUCGCCAGCCGUAUUUUCCACAAAUAUCGUAAGAAUAGCCAGGACCAGAAAGGACAAGAGAGUGAGGUGCCUCGCAUCUCUGAGUUCACCAUCAUGUGGGAUAAGUUUAUGAAAGAGUUCUUAGCUAAAGCCAAAGAAGAUUUUUUAAGAAAAUGGGAGUGUCCACCACAGAGCACAACGGGCCUGGAUGACUUCGAUAGGUUCAAGACUCUGGGCACUGGCUCAUUCGGCCGAGUUAUGCUCGUCAAACAUAAAGAAUCGAACCAGUUCUAUGCCAUGAAGAUCUUGGACAAACAAAAAGUGGUGAAAUUGAAGCAGAUAGAACACACACUUAAUGAAAAGAGAAUACUACAGGCCGUCUCCUUCCCCUUCCUCGUCAGAUUGGAGUACUCUUUCAAGGACAACUCAAACCUCUACAUGGUGAUGGAGUACGUUCCAGGUGGAGAGAUGUUCUCACACCUCAGACGUAUUGGAAGGUUCAGUGAACACCAUGCAAGAUUUUAUGCAGCUCAGAUAAUACUCACCUUUGAGUACCUUCACUCCUUGGACCUCAUCUACAGAGACCUGAAGCCCGAAAACCUGCUCAUAGAUCAACAUGGAUAUAUCCAGGUCACAGACUUUGGCUUUGCCAAAAGAGUAAAAGGAAGGACCUGGACAUUGUGUGGAACUCCUGAGUACCUCGCUCCAGAGAUCAUCCUCAGCAAGGGCUACAACAAAGCUGUGGACUGGUGGGCACUUGGAGUCCUUAUCUAUGAAAUGGCUGCUGGUUACCCUCCCUUUUUUGCUGACCAGCCUAUCCAGAUCUACGAAAAGAUUGUGUCUGGCAAGGUACGAUUCCCGUCUCACUUUAGCUCUGACCUGAAGGAUCUGCUAAGAAACCUGCUCCAGGUAGACCUGACAAAGAGAUUUGGCAACCUGAAGAAUGGUGUGAAUGACAUAAAAAAUCACAAGUGGUUCUCCACAACAGACUGGAUCGCCAUAUACGAGAGAAAGGUUGAAGCGCCUUUCUUGCCAAAGUGCAGAGGACCAGGAGACACAAGCAACUUUGACGACUACGAAGAGGAGGACAUCCAUGUCUCACAAACAGAAAAGUGUGCGAAAGAGUUUGCUGAGUUCUAGUGAGUGGGCCAAGAGUCCCAUCAGGGCUCACGUGUUCUGGGAUAUUUGCACUCUCCUGAGGGUUAAGGUGGAACAGAGGCCAUCACGUGUUCAAAACAAAUGCCUCGUUCCUUCAUUCCACACAGCUGAAUGAGGUCCUUCUUGCCAUGAUCCUGCGUGCAUUUAGCACUAACCUAUACACAGGCACAUUAUGCAGACACCCUCUGUGCUGCAACACAAAAAUACUAGACCACGUUUUCAUCUUUUGUCUUUUUCCUUUUGUUUUCUUUUUCUUUUUUUUUUAUGUUUGCCACCUCUGAAAAAGCCUUCCUUCUCAAAUAAUUAUUUGAAAAAGCAAAAUGAAAAUUGAUAUUCUCACCCAUUUCCAAGUGGCACAAAGAGUGAUUGAUUGUAUUAGCUGGGGUUGCACAUAUUGUGAUUUAAGCUUUGGGGAAAAAGAAGGGAUUUAGAUUUUGUUUCGCAUUUCCAGCACAGAGUUUUUCCAGGUCUCUGUCAUCUGUUACAAGCCUGACUGCGUUUUUGGGGUUCAGUUAAUUAUUCAUUUUUUGAUGAACACUUUAACAUUAACCAUUAUUCAUCAUUCUGGCGUCCUUAAGACCUAGAACCGUGUAUUUGUGCAUAUAGGAAUAUACAUAUAUGAGACAAAAGACUUUCAACACUUUUGUGUUAUUAGAGCAUGACCAAAAUUCAAAGAAACUUGUGUUUAGUGAAGGAAAACUGACGACUUCUUGAAGUUUUUCUGAGAUUUAGCGCUCGGACAUUUAAUUCUUGAGGAGGUUGAUCAACAGUGACAAGCGUUAUAAUGAAGCAGAAACUUGUCAGUGCUGUAUUAACUCAUCAAUUGUAGCAUUGUUUUAUCCAUAUCCAGUCACAGGACAUUUCCUUUUACCUCAGACUAGUUUUGGUAUUAAAUGAAUGGAAUGAGAUGAUAUAUUUUCAGGUACAACUCUGUCUCACAAGAAAGGAAACUGAAGUUUGUCACUCCACAGGACUUAACAGGUCAUCUGUCUUUGGUAUGUGCAAAAUGUAUGAUUUGCAUAGACAUUUAUUAAAACAGCAGGAAAGGUAAGAUUGUUAAUGGAUGCACAGCAGUGUUGGUCACACAGACACAUAUUUUGUCCAUUUGGGGUUGUUUUUUUGAAUUUUGUUUUUAAAUGCUAGUUGUGCUUCAGCAGAGCACUUGGAAGUUAUUGUGUUAACUGCCAUAUUUGAUUUAUUUUCCUUUUUUUAAUUUUGCAUGUUUGUUAUGUUUGUACAGCAGUGUCACAAAAAGCUAAUAGUUCCCUGAAAGUGUUCCCAUCAUUUUCUGUCGUUGUUUGGUUUUGUUACGUUUUUGAAUUGUUUCAUAACCUGGGAUAUUGAUGGAUUAGCAGUUUUUAAGAGUGAGUGAGUGAGUGACAUAUUCCUCUGCAAAAAUCCCAUGAGAGCAAAAUUAAAUCAUUCACCUUAGAUAAUAACAGAAAACUGAAAUAUCAUAACCUUAAAAGUAUUCAUUCAUCUUGGUCAUGACUUGGUUGAAACAUAUACUUACCUCAAUUAUAGUUCGUAGUCUCUUUGCAUCAUGUUUUUUUUUUUUUUUACCAAUUUAUACACUGUGAUGGAGCAAUAUUUGCUCGUUCUUCCUCGCAAAAUUGCUCAGGCUGAGUCAGGUCAGUUAGAGAACGUUCACAGACAAAAAUGUUGCAGUCUUGUUACAGAUUUUUAAAGGGAAUAAGGUCAAGAGUCUGACUUUGAAGAACAUUUUGUUUCAUUGUUAACCUCUCCUGUUAAGUUAUUGUCUGCGCAUAUUUAAUAUAUAUUCCCCCCCCAAGAGAUAUGUUAGUUUUAUGAGGAUUUUUUCUAUACCGGGCACCAUUAAGUUCCCUUGAAUUCUGACACUUCCUGUCCUUGUUACUGAAAUGUAGUCCCUGCCUCUGAAAAGUCCUCACCCUUGUAGCAGGCUGACGUGUAUUUAACAGGUGAUCAUAGGAUCUACUAGGCCAAGGUGUCAAUUGUUGAAUUUAGAGAUGUCUUGUUCCUGCGUCUGUGGUCCUUUUGAUUCCCAACAGGGGAAGUUUUCUCUGCCAUCCUCAUGGAGGUCAGAGCUUGAGGUCCUUUCUGCAGGUCGGACACUCAGGGUUGUGGGGAAAACAAUCUUCUGCGUUUCACAUCUUAUCGACACAAUAAUGCAUUUGUUGACAGUCUCUUCCAAAGUUUUGCUCAUUAUUUGAUAUGGUGCUCAAGCGUUUGUAGGUGAGGAAAAAUGCAAUUUAAUCAAGUUCAACAAUCUUAGACAACCAAAUGUGAAAAAGCUUUGGGGACUGAAUGCUUUUUUUUGUUUCAAGGUACUGAUGUACUGUAUAUGGAUAUUGGCUAUGCCUGAAUUUAAUGUUGUGUUUUUGUUUUUUGGGUUUUUUUUUUUUUUUUUUUUUUUUAACCACAUGAUGACAUUUUAUUUAGCCCUGAUUUUAUUUCAAAAGGCACAACUGUUUCUGAUACUAUUUUAUUUAUAUUAGAGAGAUGUCUAAUAAAUUAAAAAGUUUAAUGUUUAAACCUGCAUAGUUGUCACUAUAUAUAAGGAGACUCCAACUGUUUUAUUCACAAAAGUGUUAUAGAUGGUGAAUAUAUUGGAUUAUUUAUUUAUUAUUAUUUUUUUUUAAGACUCGCCCUUAUUGAAAAAUCAUAUAUAGAAAUAGACAUAUUAACCACAGUUAACACACAUUGAUGCCUUUUAAUCUAAUUUUUUUCCCUUCUCUUUUAAUUUUUAAUUACUUGGGACUAUUACUUCUCUAGUCUGAAGGGGGGACAGAAUGUAAUUGCAAAAUCGGUAGAGUACAUGUUUUUUAAUUUGGAUCAACUUUGAAAACUACACCUGGGAAUUCAGCAUGUUUCAAUCCAAACUGCCUGUGUGUAAAACCUUCCCAGAACGUGUGUAGGAAAUCCACAGCUCUUCUCAUGUGUCAUUUUCCCCCAUGUGUGUAAUAAUGUUUGUCAUAUUUGAUGUAAUUGAUGGCACUUUUCCCUGAGUCACCUCACACUCCUGCCUGAAGGAAAUAAGUUUAUGAGUUCUUCGUAGCUAGUCACACAUGCCAGUAUGGGAUCAAUACUCUGAAAUGUGUCUGUAUUUAGUUUGUGGGACAUUUUGCACAUCAUUUAGAAGGCUGACACGUUUUGGGUUUUUUUUUUUUGUCUGUUUGUUUUUUUCCCACCCAUAUUUACUUGUGUUUGCAAGGGGAAUAUACUUUGCUGUAGCAGAUUUUAUGUAACAAAGGAUAUGUCACUAUAAUAAAUUCUUUUUAUUAAAAA